GUUCGCUAAUCAAUGGCGACAAUACCGGUAAACCGGGAACCGUUUUGAGAUAGCUAGAGGAAAAACUUAAACUCUUUUUCGCAAUUUAGAUUUGCCGACCAUACCCGUAAACCCGAAACCAUUCUUGAACAACCUGACUGGCAAAACGGUAAUCGUCAAGCUUAAAUGGGGAAUGGAAUACAAAGGUUUUCUGGCCUCUGUGGACUCCUACAUGAACUUGCAGCUGGGGAGUGCUGAAGAGUACAUUGACGGCCAGUUAACUGGAAACCUGGGGGAGAUCUUGAUCAGGUGCAACAAUGUUUUGUACAUCCGUGGUGUACCUGAGGAUGAGGAACUCGGAGAUGCAGAUGAAGACUAAAAGACUCUGGUAAUGAACCCUAAACCCUAUUUUAAACGAAGCGAAUUGAAAUUGAAAACUUGUGAAUUCGAUCAGAAGACUUUGUACCUGAACCAUAGAAUCAAUGGAUGUGUCUUUUUUAA